AGGGUAAUGUCAUAGUAUAAUAAAGAUUUAAUAGGCUAUGUAAGCAGUAUUAACAAGUAAACAUGAGCAACUUUUCCAACGAUGGAGAAAAACUUGCAUUUUUGAAUGGGCUCAAGCAAUAUUUGGAAGACAGAGGGAAAGUGUUGAUCCCAUACCCGCGCCUAGCAGGGAAAGUGUUAGAUCUGCAUGACUUAUACAACCGUGUUACUUCGCUUGGUGGUUAUAAUAAGGUAACUGAGAAAGAGCUUUGGGAUGAUUUUCUCGCUGAAUAUAAUUUCCCAUCGUGUUCUUCGUCAUUGUCUUACGGGUUAAGGGCAGUUUAUCAAAGAUUCCUUGAAGAAUAUGAGAAGGUUCACCAUUUUGGUGAAGAUGAAGGAAACAAGAAAAGUCGUUUUAAUAAUUCAAUUAAAAGAACCAGGAAUCCUACAUUUAUAAGUGAUCAAGACCGCCAGAUCCACGGUUUAAGCUCAACUCGAAUCACUGCUCGCUAUGGUUCACCUUGUAAUUAUGAACGGUUGGUCUCGUCACUGAUCUCCUGUCUUCCUAAUGAGAUUGACUUUGCAAUCAACGCAUGUACACUUCUAUCUGGUGAAUCAAGACACGUAUUACGACUCCCACGUUGUCCGCAAGUACUCAAUGCAUUACUGUUGCAUGCAGGCAUUGUGUCGAACUGUGAAGGUUCAUACGCCUGCAUUGCCAAAGAACUGGAAAAGAAUGGACAAAGUUUGAUCCAGUUUUGGGUUGAUACGGUGGAUAAUAUUGAGGUCUUGGAUGAAAUGCUACCAACUUAUCGGGAAAGAUUGAAAUUGAAUGAAAAAUCUGCAGUUAAAGAUGACUCUGAUAAUAAAGAAUAUUCCUUGACGAAAAAACAAAUUAUAAAACCAACCACAAAGUGGCCGCUUCUAUUUCAAUCGAAACGUUUGUUAGGAAUUGAAGAGCGAGAGGGACAACGUGUGUUGCAGAUUUCACUCGUGUUGUUGAACCUCUCGUUUGAAGAAGUAAACUUGGUGCUGCUAGCUAAGAGCCGAGAGUUAGUUCGUUUUGUAUUUCUAUGUAUUCACUCUGAAUACUCGGCUCUCAAACAAACAGGACUCGAUAUUUUAGGGAAUGUCUCGUCUAGAAUGAAUCUAAAUGAUCUUGGAUACAGCAUUGCACAAUGCACUUACAAAACAUUGACCCAAUGCACUUCAUCUGCUGAUAAGUUUGACAGAAUACGAGGUUUUGAGAUCCUAGGCAACUUAUGCAGCUGUGAAGCCAACAAGGAGAACUUGAUAGUUGCUGUCACUGAUGCUGUGAUCAGUGCUGCCAUUCUAUGUUUACCAUUAUCUGAUAUUGAGCUGAUUGUUGCCGCACUGGAAGCACUGUACAAGCUGUCGAAACUUGGCGAGGAAACUUGCACAAGGAUAAUGCUCAUUCCGCACAGCAUAGAUUUAAUCGUCAACUUAAUAACUAUCAAUAUUCGUGCAUUUGGAUCGGAGCAAUUAUCGAAAAUACGAAUCGCACGACGAGUUGUUCAACCCCCACCCCAACCUGUACAACGACCACCUAACCCUCAUAAUGCAUACAGAGUGCCCACAAACUACACUCCAAUGGUUCGACCAAUGCCCCCAUCUGUAUUACAACGUCAUAUUGUCCCUAACCCACAACCCAGGCCCUCAACCCCACACCCCCCUCACCCCACAAAACCCCCAACUGCCACUCUCCGCCCCUCUAAACCUAUAGAUGCCGGCCCCAUGUACACCCACACAGAUAAACAUGCAGUUCCCCCUGUCUACCACUACAUGCCCGCCCCACCACCAGAUAUAGUGCUCGAUAAAAGCCCGGAAUCAUUCGCACAACUAUGGACAUGGGCAACGUAUGAAGCUUGCCCCAACACUGAGGGUAGCACGCCGCGUGUUCAAUUAUUUGCUGAAUAUGCAGCAGCGGCCAGCAGGUACGGGAUGAACACGCAGAGUCAAGUUCUCCCCGCUGCUGAGUUUGGCCGGUGUUUGCAACGAGUGUUCCCUCAUACAGCAUCAAGAUUAUUCAAUGAUGACCAAGGACAACCACUUUACCACAUAACUGGUAUCCAGAAGCGACAGACCCCUCUUCCUGUACCCGGUCAUCACCCCCAAGUCAACCACGAUCAUGGUGUGUCACAUCAUAUGACACCUAUCACAAACACUCACUCCCGUGAAGCUGCUGUAUCACGAGUCAUGGUCCCACAGACCCAUCCCAUACAUCCAACUAUUGUACUUUCGAAGCAAAAUGUGAAUUCCGCUGCUUAUACGUCAAAGAACAAAACCCAUGCAACCCCUACAAAUACCCCUGCUUCCCCAGCUUCAACGAGUGUGAGAAUAAACAGCCAACUGCAACAAGAGCCUGUAGUCAAGACCAAAACAGAUAAACCUCACACUAACGGUGUGGAUGAUUCAAAACCUGCUACAAACUCACAUGGGGAAGUCCCUAAAUCGCAAUCGAUUCUCAUAAACAAGCAAAAUAACUCAACAGAUUUACAAAACGGACAUGACGGGAGUUCCCCUAUCAAGGAAACCCCUGAAACAGCCUCAUCCAAUCAUCAUACAGACAUAAAGGUUAAGAAAUCUGACAAUAUUACAGGAUCUGUGGAUUUGAAACCAACCAAAGCACCAACGGAGACGACCCAUAAAGAAGAGAAUUCACCAACACAAACCACUAUGUGCAACGGUAUCGACACCGAGGACCACACACACAAAGAUAGCAGUGCAAUAAAUGGAAUACCUGACACGCAAACACAGGAUAUUAAACUUGAAGCAAAGAAAGAGAUGGUGAAUGGGAUAUUGGAUGAUGAGGAAAUACACAAGGAAGAGAAAGACAUCAAACCUAUCCCCAGCAUACUAAACACUUCAAAUAAGCCAAUGUUAGACUCUACAAUACCGACUGAAAACGAGAAGGAUGUUCCUUCAUCUGACAUAAAAUCUGGAGCAACUUUGGAAACCAAACACACAACAGAACCGAACACUAGUGUGGUCGAAUCAAAAUCAACAAUUUCUUCCGGAAUUCCAAAAACUUAUGCAGGAGUUACUAUAGCAACAACUAACAUACACAUUUCAAAUACAGCAGAACAGGGUGCUGGAGUUAAACGACCACCCCCACAAACCACACAAGACGAACCAACCAUCAAAGCAGCACGAAUACUUCCACCCACAACAGUAACCAUGCAUCUACAUACACCACCAAGCACCAGUCAAUCUACUAUAGCACCAAAUCCUCACCAAAUCCAACCAAAAGUCCCCCAAGACAACCAGAGGCCAUACCACCCCCCACCCCACCAUAUUCUACCAUCUCAAAUACCCAGAACACCAUUACCCCCCCAACCCCCAAAUCAGCAGCAACAAUCCAUCAGUGCAAGACACAGAAAGCAAGGCAUAGAUCUGAUGGCGGCAAACGCUUCACUUUUAGUUUUGUUUCGAAAUGUCGGCAAGCAGCCUAUUGAAGAUUACACGGAUGAUAAAGAAGACCCGAUCAGUAAAAGUGUUCGAUUAACUGCCGUGCUAAUUCUCAUUAAUAUUUCCAACUAUUGUUGCGAAGGAAGAAGCAUACUUCAGUUAUACGAACCUCGUUUCUCUCACCUUGCCAUGAGUGGUAUGGACUGCUCACCAAUGCUGGCCAAGUUGCUUGCAGGCCUCGACAGAUAGCCCAGCAUAUUCUGAUGACGUCAUACUCAUCGAUGACGUCACACGUGUUGAUGACGUCAUACACUACAAGGUGAUCGCGGAACCGUCAGAUAUACAGCUCGUUAUUGCUCUCUGUUCCUGUCCGUGUACACAACUGCUACAGCGCCGACACUUUUUACCAUUUCCUUUGUUUUAUAUACACCACUCGUCUCUCAGUCGGAGCGGGCUUGAUUGUCAGAAUAUUUUCAAACCGGCAUCCACGAUAUUGCUCGAUUGCAAUGCCUCUGUGACGUCACAGAGGCUUAGUUCGCGAAUCGCGGUACGUUCGUUUUGUACUACGGAACGUGAGAAUUUUUUUACGUUCGAAUUUCACAACGAAAUUUAUAACUAGACCAAUAAAGUCAUAUUUAUAGUAAA